GUUGGAGCGAAAUGUGGAGCGUGCGCCUGCGGUCGCCGGCCAAGAGCGCAGUGCUACGGAUCGAUAGCGCCAGCUCGUUCCAGGUCUUCCGAGAGCAAGCGCUUAACGCGCUGGGCCUCGCGGUCUCCGAUGGCUACACGUUCAAAGGUGGCUUUCCGCCCAAGGAACUGCAUGUCGAGGACGAUGCGUCCAUGACAAGCGUCGUCCAGAACAACGACACGGUGCUCAUCGAGCCAGCUCCCGCGGCGCCGCGGCCCGGGCCUGCAACGCGGAGCACGACCCCAAAUACCCCAAAAACAACCUCGAAAUCGACUCCAAAGACGCCCCCUGCUCCGCCACGACGUACGACGACCGCUGCUGCGAAGAAGGCGAAGCGGGUGCCAAAGCCCAAGUUUACGGGCCAGGGCCAUGUCCUCGGGUCCACCGGACAGGACGUAGCAGAGAGCGAUGCGCCUGCAGCGCCGUCACCUCUGCUCAAACGCCGCAAGAUGAUCCAGCUCGGGAGCAAAGAAGACGUGGGCGACAAGCUCGUCCACGCCGUGAGCAGCCAUGGCGGGUCGUCGACAACCGAUAAAUUUUUGCGGUCGGCGACAAAGUCGGCCGUCAAUCACCAGUACGAGAUGACGCUGGCAAACGCACGGCUCCACGCAGCGCUCGUGGGCAAUUACUCGAUGCAGACGCUAGCGCCCAACGCGCGAGGCGUUGCGCAGAUGCGUGUUCGGUUCCUCGAGCGUGCGCGUACGUGGCGUGACGAGCAACUCGACCUCUUGCAGCCCGCCGAGCUCACGUCCAUCGUCAAGUACGUGCUCCUCUCGGGCGGCGAGACGGGCCGCGAGAUGCUCAAGCCCUUCAACAUGGCCCAGUGCUCGCCACGUGUCUUCUGGAGCCUUGCGCGGCUCAGUGACGGCGACGUGGCCGCAGCGCUGGAAACGCUGCUUCCGAGCGAAGAUUGGUCGUUCCUGGGCUUGCGAACGCGCACGCUGAGUGCCAAGGCGCUCGAGGCGCAGACCCACUCGCAGUAUUAUCGCACCGAAGUGCCUGACGAAGAGCCUCCGCUGCCGACGGCAGAUGACACCGACGCGACAGUCGUCAGCGAGAUUGAGACUCCUCGUGUCGACCGAGCAAGCAUGCGGAGUGUCGCGGCCAAGGCAGCGCUGGCGCGGCUCCGAGCUGCAGCGCCCGUCGCACCCAUGCGAGUUGCAAAGAACGACGACAGUGCUGCGGAGGAUGCUGGCGAUGACGGCGACGUCACAACGGUCGUCUGCGAUGCCUGCCAAAAGGCCCGGAUUGUUGCCGCCGACAAGAGCCAGCUGGUCGGACUGGACGACAGUGGUGACUGGACGUGCGCACGCCUUGCCGCCAUCGGUCGAGGCGACGGCUGUGCCAUGGUCGACGACGAAGUGCUUUCCAUCGUCGUGGACGCAACGAUUGGCACGUGUCUACUCCAGAUCGGCGUGCGUACACGCGCUGAGCUUGCGAGCGCGGCAGCCGAAACCCUCUUUUCGUCGUGGCGAACGGCGUGCCGUGGCCACCUCAUGGACUUGGACCGUCUCGAGCACUUCAUUGAGCAGGCGCGAGACGAAGAGCUCGAUGCGGUGGUGGGCGAGAUUGUGGCCGACAGUAACGUGUACGAUGCGCUUGUGGCGGCCAAACUCGCGACGCCCCACGACUUGAUGCUGACGCCGGCGGAUGUCAUCCAACGUGACGUGCACUCGAUGCUACGAGAAGGAGCGUCGAUGCUGUCGCUCGACACGAUCCAGAAAUGGAAGGUCGCGUGUGCGUCGGCCCUCGAGCAGCACCCGUGGCUCGACGACUGGCGCAGUAUUUGAGUUACCAACCUCGGGUUUUGAGUUUGAUGCAGCGUCAUGCUUUCUUC